AUGUAAUAACACAGGGCUGUUGUACAUGACAACAAAUGAGACUGAAAACCAGUAGAAUGGCAGGCCACAGGGGAGUUGGAAGUUGGUAGUGAGGGGUGGAGGCGACAUCCUGAGUUCAGGUACAACUGCCACAUCUAGUCCCAUCAGCACUCCACACACACUACUGUUUACUAACACAUGACAUGGACCCAGUGAGGACGCCUUCUCAGCCCGUCUACAGCCGCUUUUCUUACAGACCCUCAAGCUCAAGCAGCUUCUGUUCUACCACCACUGCCAGCUCCCUACAUGAUGACAACAACAGCCUCAGACAGCAGAAGCUGGAGAAGCAGAGGGCGCUGCUGGAACAGAAGCAGCGACGGAAACGACAGGAGUUGCUGAUGGUGCAGCCCAACCCAGAGGCACGUCCACGCCGAUCACGGCCACGCCGCAAUGAGGAACAAGCACCACUUGUUGAAUCCCGCUUCAGCAUCACCAGCGAUGUCAUUAUGGAUGCAGGUAUUGACGGACCUGCAGCCUUUUUGGGCUCUGAGGCACCUGAUCUGGGUACAAAAACUCAAGUGCUUUCAUCGAGCCAGUCGCAGAAGCCUUCUUCCCCUCCACCCGAGGAGCCAGAGAGAGACGGGGACACUGAAACACUGCUGGAACCCAAAACAGACAUCCACACAUUGCUACAAAAACGUGGACUUUCAGGUAGCAUGAACUAUGAUGAAAUUAGUGAUGAUGAUGAUGAUGAUGAAGAUGAUAAAUCAGAAGACAGAGCCCGCUCCCUUUCCCCCAAUACAGAGUCCACCCGUCCUGAUUCGGCCUCCAGCAUCAAGUCCAGCACAGAGUGCGAGUCUGUGACCUCGCCAACAGCAGAGGGGCCCUCCAUCGAGGUGGAUAAUCUUGAGGAAUUUGUGCUGCGGCCGGCCCCUCGCGGCGUAACAGUGAAGUGCCGGAUCACCCGGGAUAAGAAGGGAAUGGACCGUGGCCUCUACCCAACUUACUUUAUGCACCUGGAGAGAGAGGAUGGCAAAAGGGUGUUCCUGUUGGCUGGUAGAAAGAGAAAAAAAAGCAAGACCUCAAAUUAUCUUAUAUCAGUAGAUGCUACAGACCUGUCUCGUGAAGCUGAAAGCUUCGUGGGAAAACUGAGGUCGAAUAUGAUGGGGACUAGGUUUACGGUGUAUGACAAUGGCACAAAUCCUAGCAAGAACUCGGGAGCUCUCCUGGAGGAGAGCAAUACACGGCAAGAGCUAGCAGCUAUCUGCUAUGAGACCAAUGUACUGGGAUUUAAAGGCCCACGCAAAAUGACUGUCAUCAUUCCAGGCAUGAACAUGAACUUUGAGCGUGUUCCUGUGCGCCCCACAAAUGAUCAAGAGUCUUUACUGAGUAAAUGGCAAAACCGUGCAUUGGAGAAUCUGAUCGAGUUGCACAAUAAAGCUCCAGUGUGGAACGACGACACUCAGUCCUAUGUGCUGAACUUCCACGGAAGGGUCACACAGGCCUCAGUCAAAAACUUUCAGAUUGUCCAUGACAAUGAUCCGGACUACAUUGUAAUGCAGUUUGGCCGUGUUGCUGAAGACGUGUUUACAUUGGACUAUAAUUACCCCAUGUGUGCUCUGCAAGCCUUCGCCAUUGGCCUGUCUAGUUUUGACAGUAAACUGGCGUGCGAGUGAUUCAUAAUGUUGCAAUUUUCCCUUGUAUCAGCACAAAUACACUUCUUUAUUCAGGCCAUCUAACAUUCGUGCUGCUGUCAGCACUGCUUUUCAAGUAAUCAUCAUCAUCCUUUCCCGGUACUACAUGCGUAAUUAUUUAUUUUUCAGCCCCAAUUACGAUAAAUACUAAAUAAAGACUGUACAACACUUCAGAGGUUUUAUUAACUAAGUACCAGCAUUGUAUAUUAGAGAAUCUGAUUUGGUUUUGUACAAGUCCACUGUGCCCAAGAGUUGUCUGUAUCCAUGGAAGGAAAGGUCUUAUGUGUUACAUACUGUCUGGUAUACAGAGAGAAUAGCAUGAUCCUCUGUACAUAGUACAGCUCUCUCUGUAAGGCUCUCACAGCCCUCAUUGGCAAGCAGGGAAGUCACACAGACUGUGCCAUCGAUCUCAACUUUCUUCAUCCAUCAAAGAACUUGAAAAGUCCUUCUUGUUUCUUUCUUACUUGUUUGUUUUUGAAGAAUGCUCUGACACUGAAGUACAAACCUUUCAGGACUUGGAUAACUAGAAUUAAAGCUGCUAUGGAGGCGAUUCUUUUAGUAAAAAGCAAAGCCAUAAAAUGCCUAAACAACAGUGUUGGUUAAUUGUGGAAAAUAAGAAAGAACUUAUCAAACCAUGUCUUUCAGUCAACGUAAACUGUGACGGAAUUAAUGUGUUGUAUCAUGUGAACACUAUUUUACACCAGCAGUUUUUUGGGGUAUAGAAGGGAAGAAUAAAAGGGCAACUCAAGACAACACAGGUUCAUGUUUUGGUUUACAGUAACAAAUGACAGAAGGGCAAUGCUGGUCAGAUUAGUGCUUUGGUGUUAUUUGAAUUGGUGUUUUGCUUUUUUGCUUUUAAAUGUAUUCCUUUUUCACAGCUGUAUGUUUGUGUGUUAAUGUAUUCUGUGCUUCAGCGUGUUCUUUAUUGUCUGUUUUUAAAUGUUUAGCAAUGCUACAGUACUUUUUUUUCACCCUCUGCAAGCCAGGCAUGUCUUACAAAUAAAUGCUAAUGUUUGCA